AAAACUUCAAUCUAGAAAUAAUAUAUCACCAUUUUUAAGUCUCAUUUAUAUUCACUCAAAAAAAGAAAAAAUCAUUGCUUCAUAUUCUCCCUUCAGUUUCAGCUCAAACGUUCCUUUCACUCUAUUCAUUUUCCUUUCUGAAACUCAAUUUCCUUGCCUUAUCUUGCUUAUCUUCCACUCAGUUUCUGCGAUUUAAAGCUGAAUUUAAUGGUCUAUGAUUUGUUCUAUGCAUUCUGAAGAUUCUAAAGAUUGCUUUGAUUUGUUAAAGAAAAGAUGAAAAAUUUCUCUGGUACACCUGGUACUGUUCUUGGUUUGAUUCUUAGGAUGUCACAGUUCAUUUUUGCUACUGGUUCAAUUGCUUCUAUUGCUACCACACCCAGUUUCUUUUAUUACACUUCAUUUUGUUUCUUGAUAGCGUCAAUGGCUUUACAAAUCAUUUGGAGUUUUGUGCUUGCUUUGUUGGAUGCAUAUGCUUUGCUGAAAAAGAAGGUUCUGCUUAACCCCGUAUUGAUUAGCCUCUUUGUUGUUGGAGAUUGGGUAACAGCAACAAUAUCUCUAGCUGCAGCUUCUGCCUCAGCUGGACUUACAGUUUUGUACUUCCAUGAUAUGGGACAUUGCCAUUUUGGAGAGGAGUGCCAAAAGUACCAGAUUUCUGUUGCUUUUGCCUUCAUGAGCUGGAUCUCAAUUUCAAUAUCAUCCCUGAUAAUGCUUUGGUUAAUAGCAGCAGGAUAGCAGACCAGAAUUAUUGGGUCCGGAUCCUCUCUACCACUUCUAUCCCCUCUAGCAGCACCUUGGCCGUUGGAUUGAUCUACCAGGUGAGAGUAUUUGUUUUUUGCCGGUUGAUUAAUCCAAUGUUCAAUAUGGUGUUAUAGAAGUAGAAAAAUAUCAAUUUUUGAGAAUUCUCCCAUCCAACAUUCUUUCAGAGUGUAUAUAGGAAGUGAAAUAGAGUAAAGCUUUACCUUCAUAUUUAUAUUCCAUUUCUUCAAUUCAACUAGAAUUGAGAUAGCAGCCGAUUGUCGAUGGGAAGAAAACAAAUGUAUAUGUGAUUUUGCCCUGUAAGUUGUAAUGAUAUUAAACAAACCUUAUCUUUUACAUGUAAUUGGAUUGUCAAUAUUAUAAAUAGUUAUUUUUGCAACACAGUGCAACGAUGUAACAAAAUUCUUUCUAACUAAGAUAGCAUACUACCGCAUGUGGAGAGGAUCCGAGUCCA